AUGCUGGACACUGUCACCGGUCGCUCGAUGGGCUUCGGCUUCGUCCGCUUCACCGACGAGCAAGAUAGCCAGCGUGCCCUUGUAGAGAUGCAGGGAGUUACCAUCACCUCCCGCUCUGGCCAGGGCAGGCCCCCUUCCCGGCUUUCCAACUAUACCCGCCACUGCACUCUACCCUCACCAAGCUCCGCACUGGACCCAAACAAUACGACCGUCUUUGUCGGCGGAUUGUCCAGCCUCAUCUCGGAGGACACCCUCAAGACAUUCUUCGCUCCCUUUGGCGCCAUUGCCUACGUCAAGAUCCCGCCUGGAAAGGGGUGUGGAUUCGUCUCCUUCUUGCGCAAGAUCGACGCAGAGAGGGCUAUUGAGCGUAUGCAGGGUUUCCCUGUUGGUGGUUGUAGAAUCCGGCUGAGCUGGGGCAGAAGUCAGGGCGAGAAGAGCCAGCAUCAGGCGCAAGUGCAGAUGAACAAU